UAAGAAAAGUAUCCCCACCCAGACAGUAUGGAAUGGGUGGCUAGAGUGCCCGCCCACUUCCAGCCCCCCUGACUCUCACUGGCUGCAGAGAGAGAGAGAGGCAGAAGGUGUCAAUUCCCUCCCCCGGAGCUGCAGGGAGACAGGGUGGGGGUGGGGGUGCACGGAUUUUGCUAAUUCCUUCCUUGGGAUCCGGGCCUGCGCUCACUUUCUGCUCUGCUCUGGGGGGAGCCAGGAAGAGGCCAGGCUGCCUUGCUGGACCCUGCAGUGGCCAGCAGUGAGUGAUCACUCUUCAGAUGCAGGAAAAGGAGGCAGCUGUGGACAUCUGAGGAUUUCCCGAUGGGUCCCCCACAGGACAGAUUCUGCAUAUUCGGUUUCUCAGCUUAGCCAGCCACCUCCAGCUCAGAGCACAGAUUCCAUGUCUCAGAGGGUCCUGCAGGCCGUCCCAUCUUGUCUGACCCCAAGAUGCAUUUCAGGAACUUCUCCAUCACCCUCGCCACGGAACAGACUCCCCAGGAACCAUCUCCCACCAACGUCUCCACCAGAGAGGCCUGCCUCGUCCGCUUCUCCAGCCACCAGUUUGUGCUCAUCCCUGUGGUCUACUGCAUCAUCUUCAUCCUUGGACUGGUGGGCAACAGCCUGGUCAUCACGGCACUGUGUCGGCCGAGGAGCCCGAAGACGGUGGCCAAUGUCUACAUCUUCAACCUGGUGGUAGCCGACCUAGUAGCCCUCACCACCCUCCCCUUCUGGGCCGCCAGCUACGCCAACGGAUACAGCUGGGUCUUUGGUUCCGUGAUGUGCAAGCUUUCCAGCUCCAUCCUUUCCUUGGCCAUGUUUGCAAGCAUCUUCUUCAUAACGUGCCUGAGUGUGAACCGUUACCAGGCCAUUGUGCGCCCCUUCCAGUGCCAGCAAGGAACGCUGGGACGGGCCGUCAUUGCCACAUUUGUGGUUUGGGGACUGGCGACCUUGACCUCUCUGCCCACCUUCUGCUGGCGUGAAGUCAAAUACAUCGAUGAGCUGGGCGUGAACGCUUGCAUCAUGGCCUAUCCCUCCGAGAAUUACGCCACCUGGUCAGCUGCAACAGCCUUAAUGAAAAACCUCCUUGGCUUCUUGUUUCCCAUGGCCAUCAUCCUUGGGUGUUACAUCUGCAUCAGGGUGCACCUGAAGAAGGACCCAGGGUUCGCAAAAAGCAUGAGGGUCAGGGACCGGGUGCUGAAGCUGGUGGCUGCCGUGGUGGUGGCCUUCUUGAUUUGCUGGCUCCCGUUCCACAUCUUGACCUUCCUGGAUGCCCUUUCCUGGAUGGAGGUAAUCAGCAGGUGCCACCUCACCUCCAUGAUUGAUGCGGUGCUGCCCUUUGGGCUCUCCAUGGGCUUUGCAAACAGCUGCAUCAACCCUUUAUUGUACUAUUUUGUGGGCAGGCAGUUCCGGGAUAAACUCCAGCAUUUAUUCAAGCUGAGCCUCUCCCAGUUCAACAGUGGCCGGGAAACCCUUUCCUCCAGCAAAACCAGCUCCCUCAAAACUGCUGGGUCCCUGAAAGAGACUGACCCAGGAGGAGACAUGGAGAGGCCACUGACCCACCCACUGUGGGUUCCCUAACCACCAUCUGGAAACACUUAAGCUGUGGUUACUCCUCUCCGUGAUUCAUGGUUUUCCUCCUGUCUCUCCUUGUUCCUCUCCUAGGACAAUCUGUCCACUGAAGACCAUGUUUUCAUUUGCUUUGAGAAAGGUUGUAGAGGGCAAUUAAUUGGCAAUAAAUAUCUUAACAUCCUUACUAA